GCCGCUCCCUGCUAAUGAAGUCCGCCCAUCGCAAACCAACGGCUGAUUUUGUGCCGCAGAUAGUGCCGAAGUUUAGAUUCCCUCUGUGAAGAACCUUUUGUAAAAAGUCGAUUGUUCGGGUAACGGUUCGUGUUGUCUCAGCUGUGUUUACUCUGACUGAAAAAAGGUAUCGUUUCCGGUUCCGCGCUGUUCGGGUGACGGCAGUUUGGUCCAUCGCCCUGCUGCUUGUUUCUGUGGUUUGAAGAAGUUAACAUUCAAUAGAGCGGCCCUGAAGAUGGCGGACUGUCUCACUAAAGUGGAGCUGAGCAUCUCCUGCACCGACCUGCUGGAUAAAGAUGUCGGUUCGAAGUCGGACCCUCUGUGCGUGCUGCUGCAGAGCUCGGGCAGCGACACCUGGACCGAGCUGGCUCGCACUGAGCGUGUGAAGAACUCCUCCAGUCCGUCCUUCAGUCAGCGGCUCAGGCUGGAUUACCACUUUGAGACGGUGCAGAAUCUGAAGCUCGGCGUCUACGACAUCGACAACUCGAGCGCUGACCUCGCCGAUGAUGACUACCUGGGAGGGGUGGAGCUAACGCUGGGACAGAUUGUUUCCAGUAAAACCUUGACCAGACCUCUGCAGCUGAAGAAAGGCAAACCUGCAGGGAAAGGAAGCAUUACGGUCACAGCAGAGGAGGUGAAGGACAACAGAGCCAUUCAGUUGGAGUUUGAAGCUAAAAACCUGGACAAGAAGGAUACGUUUGGGAAAUCUGAUCCGUUCCUCGAGUUUUUCAAAAAAGGAGACGAUGGAAAGUGGCAGCUGGUCCACAGAACAGAGGUUGUGAAGAACAAUCUGAAUCCCACUUGGAAGAAGUUCUCUGUUCCCCUCCAGACGUUCUGCUCCAGCGACCUCGACAGACCGCUGAAGGUGGAUUGCUCUGAUUAUGACAGUGAUGGAACUCACGAUCUGAUCGGUUCUUUCAGCACCACAGUGUCCGAGCUGCAGAAAGCUGCGAGUGGUGCGCCGGUGUCGUUUGACUGCAUCCACCCGGACAAACAGAAGAAAAAGAAGAGCUAUAAGAACUCUGGAGUCGUCUCUGUGAAGAGCUGCGAGCUGUUGACCCAGUUCUCCUUCCUGGACUACAUGAUGGGCGGCUGCCAGAUCAACUUCACCGUCGGGAUCGACUUCACCGGCUCGAAUGGAGACCCUCGCUCGCCCAACUCUCUCCACUACAUGAGUCCAGACGGGUUGAACCAGUACCUGUCGGCUCUGUGGUCCGUGGGUCACGUGGUGCGGGACUACGACACGGAUAAACUUUUCCCAGCGUUCGGUUUUGGGGCCAAACUGCCUCCAGACUACCAGGCUGCAAACCACGAGUUCGCCCUCAACUUCAACCCCACUAACCCCUACUGCAGAGGUAUCGAGGGAAUCGUCGAGGCCUACAGGAUGGUGAUUCCUCAGCUGAGACUCUCUGGGCCCACAAACUUCUCCCCCAUCAUCAACCACGUCGCCUCCCUCGCCGCGCAGGCCGCGCAGAGCAACAGCGCCUCCCAAUACUUCGUCCUCCUCAUCCUCACUGACGGCGAGAUCACCGACUUGGAUCAGACCCGGGACGCUGUGGUCCGGGCCUCGAGGCUGCCGCUGUCGAUCAUCAUCGUGGGGGUCGGGCCGGCGGACUUCAAAGCCAUGGAGCUCCUGGACGGAGACGACGGCGUCCUGAGGUCGACGGUGGGGGAGGCCGUCGCCAGGGACAUCGUCCAGUUUGUCCCCUUCAGGCAGUUCAAAGAUGCUCCACAGGAGGCUCUGGCGAAGUCGGUCCUCGCCGAGGUUCCUAACCAGCUGGUCUCUUAUUUCAAGAUGAGAGGCCUCGGACCGCCUAAACUAGCUCCAGCUGCACCCAAAUCCUAGACCCUGCAGCCAUAGAGCCUAAGCACCACCCCUUUAAGCUGAAAGCCUCCCGCCCCAGGAUCAGACCACUCGCAAAGUCAACCACGCUUCAGGGGACCAACCUGGUGUGUUUCUACAAUCAGCCAAUCACAAUUUGCCAUUUAGAUGUCAGCCAACGCUCCAUAGAUUGUUUUUUUUUACAAGUCUGUUUGAUAAUCACUUUGUUUUCAUGAAAUGAAAGGGAUGAUAAUAAUGUAGUCUAGAUACUUCUAAUCGAUUCCUUCUGCUGCUUGCACACUAACUAUGCAGAUCACAUGUUAUUGCUAUCACGCGUUUAAUAAUCAGAGCCAUACACACACAAGUGGUCAUUUUUGGCUCCACAGUCUGUCUUUUACCGUUGCCAUAGUAACACAAAAGGUCUAUGAUAUCGUAGCUUUGUAUGUGUAUAGACAUAUUGGGGUUUUGCCCCCUCAGUUCCAUGCAGUAUUAUCCAGGCUACGUCUAGUGGGCACGAGAGGAACUGCAGCUCCCUGUAAACAGUCCAUGUUACCAUGGCAACACCAUGUGCCAACUCUGUGUGUGGCUCUGAUUAGCUUUAAUGAUCAGGUAUCGAUACUUAGCACUUUGCUCUUGCCUUAAACGCUAGAAGAUUGUAUCAUGAUUGAUAUAAUAUACUCUUUGUCAUAGCUUUAAUACUUUGGCCUUAACAUGAAGCUUAACUGUUGCCUUAAUAUAUAACUACUCAAGCCUAAAGUAGUUUUUAGUACAGCCUUUGCAAGCCGUUCAGUGGUUUGUUGAUGCCGCCAUCUUGUCUCUCUGCGCUGAACGCAUUUCUACCGUUGGGCCGCGUUCUACAACCUGCGUUUUGUAAGAUGGGAACUGACCCCCCGUUUGACCCUCAAGCCCUCGAUCAGCCACAGUGUUACAGGCAGGUCGCCAUCAAUGAACCGCCGUCGGAUGAAGUCCUGGGUUUUGAAGUAACCAUUUGGUACUGGUAACCGUGGUAACGCUCCAUCCCACAUCACCCGAGCAUCACGCUGAGUCUGUCUGAACGUCGGCUUCGUUUUGCAAAGAUUGUCUUCUAAAUGCUGGAAUGAAAACACGCAAGAUUAUUGUCAAAAUGUGUCGUAGGACGUUUACUGCAGCAGAGCCACAGUUUAUGUUACAUUGCAUAUUAAAGAGAUAUAUUGCCAACUUCAGAAUGACCUCAAGUGGACGUUAUUUAUUUCAGGGUCCAUUUUAUCAUGGGUAAAUUUUUUGUACUGCUUUUUUUCCUUAUGUUCGGGAACAAAAUAACCUUUAAAAGCUCUAAAAAUGGCCAGUAACUCAAAGUGAGUUAAGAUAAUUUUGCCAAACACAUUGGAGAUAUAAUUUUAAUCUGAGCGGCGUUUUGUCUUCCUGCCUCUGUGCUGCUUCGGACUGUUUGAGAGCUCUUUACAAACUCAAAGGUUGAAGAGAAAAACAAGUUUACUGCAUCUUCUGUUACAGAUUGUCAAUCUCAAGUUUUCAGUUAAACUCAGUUGUAGAGAGGAUGAAAGUGUUGUAGAUUCAUCUUGAGUUAUGUUAUGUCAUAUGAACACAUUUUAGAAGCUUUGAGAGGUAAAAGUAUCCAGAAAGGUAAAAGAAAGUCAUAAAUGACCUUUUCCACCCAGAAACAGCUGUUUUCUUUGCGUAUUUGUAUUUCUAAAAUCAUCUUCCAGAUAAAACAAAGUUCACAUUUUAAUGUUCUGUCUGAGAUUGAAAGUUUAUUUUUACCAUCCAGUGUCAUAAAAUAAAAACAUAAGCACUUGAAUGCUCGAUAUGAAGCUGAAUAAACAGGCCGCGACUUGAGAUGUUUGUUUUUUUUGUUCGUUUUUAUUCCGUAGAUUUGUGUUUGUCGCGCUCAGGCUGCCAUGAUGUCCUUAAUUUUUCUUUUUUGUGGCCAAGAGCUCGUUUUAUGUCAGUUUUGCAGUUGAUAGGAAGUAAUGCAUUCACAAUAAUUCAAAUGGCAGAAACAAAAAAUCAAACAAAAAACUAGAACUCUGAUCCGAGUUCGGCUCAGCAUGCUGUAUUGUCCCUGCAAACCUGGCUGCAUGGUCACAUGGUGCUGUGAUGUCAUCAGAGAAACGUUUCCUAAAUGUCUACAAAGUUAAAGGACUAUAACUCCCAUAAUGCUUUGCUCCACAGUGCUGUGAUCAAACAACUUGUUUUUAAACGGAUUAAUCCACAUCUUCAGGGACUAAUUGCUAUAAACCAGUGUAACUAAACCAGUAUGACCAGUAACAUUGUGUCUGUAUGAAUGCACCUGUUCCAAAAUAUAAUAACAACUUUGGAAAACGUG